UCAUCAUCAUAUCGAACAGCGCGGAAGAAGAAGAGAAAGCCCACGUUGGCGUGUUUCCGCAGGCUAUCAGCGAAACAGGGAGAAAAAAACUAAACAAGAAGGCCUUUCAACCCGACAGGAGUGGACAUGCGGCUGACCGUGAACCGGCGUCCCAUCCUGGUGUUGCUGGCGUCCGCGGCGGCAGCGUUCGGCGCCGUGGCCCUGGCCGUGCUGCUGGUGCGCAGGAUACGCAUCUUCCUCGCGGGCGAAGUCCUGCUGACCCAGGAUCGCGCCUCGUACACGGUGUGGCUCGAGCAGCGCCUCCCCGUCACCCACGACGUGCGCCUGUUCCGGUUUGCCCUGAACAGCCCCAAGCAGAAGCUGGGCUUUCGGGUGGGCGAGCACGUGCUGCUGUACGCGCGCAUCGGUGACCGCACGGUGAUGAGGCCGUACACGCCGGUCAGCCGCACGGAUCAGCGGGGCAGCUUCGACAUCAUGGUGAAGAUCUACCCGCCGGGCGUGUCCAAAAAGCACCCCAUCGGAGGGAUCAUGAGCCAGUACCUGGACAGCCUCCAGCCGGGAGAUCAGAUAGAGAUCCAGGGCCCGAAGGGUCGCUUCGUUUACGAAGGGCGCGGCCACUUCGCCACCGCCGACGGCCGCCGGAUGGCGCUCGUGACUCGGCUUGGAUUGGUGGCGGCCGGAAGCGGCGUCACUCCGAUGCUGCAGCUGCUGCGACACCUGCUCGCCGACGCCGUCGACCAGACGAGGGUGAUGAUGAUCGACGUCAACCACAGCGAGGAAGACAUCAUCGCGCACCAGGAACUCGACGACUACGCCAAGAGCAACCAGGCCUUCAGCAUACGGCAUGUGCUGAGCCGGCCGCCUACGUACGAAGGCAUGCCGGGAUACGUGCCAGGGCCCCUGAGCCUGGAAAUCAUGACCGAGCACCUUCCUCCGCCGGACUCGGGCACGAUGGUGCUCUGCUGUGGACCCCCUCGGCUCAUCGCCGACAUCUGCGCGCCGGCCCUCAGGGACAUCGGGCACAAGCCGAACAGGGUGCUCUACUUUUGAACGACACAGCUCGGUCACCGAAGCUUCCUUUUUUUUUGUCCAUUACAAACUGCGCUGUUGCUUUCGGGAUCGAUGACGAAAGAAUACUCCAUCGAAUAAACACUUUGUCUGUAGAAGACUAUA